AAAACAGAAAAUAAAAAUACACAGUAAGUUUAAGGUUAAUCGAUAUUGGCUUCGGCUCUUCUUUUCUGUGAGACAGCCGGGCAGCUGUCAAUGUCCAUUCCCCAUGUCAUUCUCCCAGAUCACCCAGUCUUUGUAUCUGGGUGGUGUGGACACAGUCUUCAAGCCCACCGGUCUCUACAGUAGGAACAUAACUCUGAUAGUCAACGCCACAGCAGAGCACCCCUAUCCUCAGUAUGAGGGGGUGGAGUGUUUCCAGGUACCUGUACUGGACCAGCCUCAUGCCCCCCUGGCCUGCUACUUCGAUGCUGUUGCAGAACGUAUCCAUAACAACCACUCAGGUAGUACGCUGGUCCACUGCACUGCAGGCCGGAGCCGUUCUCCUACCCUGAUCAUGGCUUACCUGAUGAGGUAUGAGGGGGUAUCACUGCGCCAGGCCCAUGAGUGGGUCCUGAAGUACAGACCUCAUAUCCGACCCAAUGCUGGUUUCUGGAGGCAGCUGAUGGAGUAUGAGAGGAGGCUUUAUGGGAAGAAUACUGUGAGGAUGGCUGCUACCUCCUGUGGUGUGCUGCCUGAGGCUCUGGAUGGACAGGAGGCUAUUUACUGUGUGAAUGGCUGAUGGAAUGUGUCCCAAAUGGCACCCCAUUCCUUAUGUAGUGCACUACUUUUGACAAGGGCCUAAACUGAAAAGUGCUAUUUGGGAUUUGUCAGAUGUAUAUGAGAAAAUAAAACCAACUGUUAU